GCGGGCCCAGCUCAUUGGCGCGGCGGCCCCUCCAGGACCCGCACAUUGUUCCCCGCCCCCGCCUCGGCCACCGCCGCCGCGGCCGCCGCCGCCACCGGGCUAUAAAAACCGACCGAGCCCCGAAAGGUGCGGAUGCUUAUUAUAGACCAGCGAGACCUCGGCGCCCGGAGCCCGGUUCUCCGCUGCGGCUUUCGGGAACCAGCUCCUCUAAUUGCAUCCACAGAGGCGUGCGUAAAGCUCCGAGGGCCCAGGGAGGGAGGGAGGACCCUGCCAAAGCUGCGACUAUCCCCGGGGGCCAUGGACUCGGACGCCAGCCUGGUGUCCAGUCGCCCGUCGUCGCCAGAGCCCGAUGACCUGUUUCUGCCGGCCCGGAGCAAAGGCAGCGGUGGCGGCGGCUUCACGGGAGGCACCGUGUCCUCGUCCACGCCGAGCGACUGCCCGCCGGAGCUGAGCGCAGAGCUGCGCGGCGCCAUGGGCGCGGCGGGCGCGCACCCCGGGGACAAGCUGGGCGGCGGCGGCUUCAAGUCCUCCUCGUCCAGCACCUCGUCGUCCGCUUCGUCGGCGGCCGCGUCGUCCACCAAGAAGGACAAGAAGCAGAUGACGGAGCCCGAGCUGCAGCAGCUCCGCCUCAAGAUCAACAGCCGCGAGCGCAAGCGCAUGCACGACCUCAACAUCGCCAUGGACGGGCUGCGCGAGGUCAUGCCUUACGCGCACGGCCCGUCGGUGCGCAAGCUCUCCAAGAUCGCCACGCUGCUGCUGGCGCGCAACUACAUCCUCAUGCUCACCAACUCGCUGGAGGAGAUGAAGCGGCUGGUGAGCGAGAUCUACGGCGGCCACCACGCGGGCUUCCACCCGUCGGCCUGCGGCGGCCUGGCGCACUCGGCGCCCCUGCCCGCCGCCACGGCGCAUCCCGCGGCCGCCGCGCACGCCGCGCACCACCCGGCGGUCCACCACCCCAUCCUGCCCCCCGCCGCCGCCGCCGCGGCCGCCGCCGCCGCCGCCGCCGCCGUGUCCAGCGCCUCGCUGCCGGGCUCCGGGCUGUCGUCGGUCGGCUCCAUUCGGCCCCCGCACGGCCUGCUCAAGUCCCCGUCGGCGGCGGCGGCGGCGGCGGCGGCGGCCCCGCUGGGCGGCGGCGGCGGCGGCGGGGGCGGCGGCGGCGGCUUCCAGCACUGGGGCGGGAUGCCCUGCCCCUGCAGCAUGUGCCAGGUGCCGCCGCCGCACCACCACGUGCCGGCCAUGGGCGCGGGCAGCCUGCCGCGCCUCGCCUCCGACGCCAAGUGAGCGGCCCGCGCGCCGGCGCGACGUGGCGAG